CUGAUGUCUCCUUACUAAACGCAUCUUAGCCUAUAGAUCCUAAUGCGUAAAAUCAGCUUUUCUUCCUUGUACACAUUUUACGCACGACUGGGAAUUCGGAUUAGGCGUUCCGAACAGAGUUUAGACAAAGCUACAAGUCAAUAAAGUCAUGGGGACAAUGCGCAGGACACCUUAUCUCCACGGAAUCGGAUAUUGACUCUUGGUUGUCUCGGCAUCGUCAUCUCUGUGAACCCAGAACCCCCCCGCAGCGGAUUACAGAGGUUGUUUUUUGAUCCGUCUUUUUCACAGAGGGCCACUUCUUCCCGGUUUUGGUGUUUGUUGGCGGUGAUGGUGGCGCAAGGGGUCAUGGAGACCAGGACCAGCCGGAGACCGCGCAGCAGCGCCCAGCAACACUUACUGCUGGCGGUCGCUCUCAUAGCAUGCAGCUCGCAACUACUGGUGGACGCGAACUCCUGGUUGUCGUUAGCGAUGAACCCUAUCCAGAGACCGGAGAUGUACAUCAUCGGGGCCCAGCCUCUGUGCAGCCAGCUGACGGGACUCUCCCAGGGGCAGAGGAAGCUGUGCCAGCUCUACCAGGACCAUAUGGUCUACAUUGGCGAGGGAGCCAAGACGGGCAUCAAUGAAUGUCAAUACCAGUUCAGACAGCGGCGGUGGAACUGUAGCACCGUGGAUAAUGCAUCCGUGUUCGGACGCGUCAUGCAGAUAGGCAGUAGGGAGACAGCCUUCACCUAUGCCAUCAGUGCAGCAGGCGUGGUGAACGCGGUGAGCAGGGCGUGUCGGGAAGGAGAACUCUCCACCUGCGGAUGCAGCCGCGCCGCUCGACCCCGUGACCUACCGCGUGAUUGGCUGUGGGGUGGCUGUGGCGACAACGUCAACUAUGGCUACCGUUUCGCCCGGGAGUUUGUGGACGCGCGGGAGAGAGAAAAGAACUACCCUCGAGGCUCCAUAGAACACACUAGAACAUUGAUGAACCUACAGAACAACGAAGCAGGGAGACAGUCGGUGUAUAACCUGGCCAACGUGGCGUGUAAGUGUCAUGGCGUGUCCGGCUCCUGUAGCCUGAAGACGUGCUGGCUCCAGCUGGCAGACUUCCGCCGCGUCGGAGAGUUCCUGAAGGAGAAGUACGACAGCGCCGCCGCCAUGCGCAUCGGACGCAAAGGGAAACUGGAGCAGGUAGAUAAACGCUUCAACGUCCCGACCCCCGAGGAUCUGGUCUACACCGACCAGAGCCCAGACUACUGUCUGAAGAACGACACCACCGGCUCCAUGGGAACCCUGGGGAGACUCUGUAACAAGACGUCGGAGGGGAUGGAUGGCUGUGAACUCAUGUGUUGUGGGAGAGGAUACGACCAGUUCAAGACCUAUAAGCAUGAGAGAUGUCACUGCAAGUUCCACUGGUGUUGUUAUGUCAAGUGUAAGAGGUGCACUUCACUGGUGGAUCAGUUUGUCUGCAAGUAGCGAAGGAAGGGAGGGGGUCUGGACGAU